AUGGGAAAGAAAAAGAGUUCAAAUGGGUUGAUUUCGAAUCCAUCCCCAGCCAAAUCACCUGUGAAGCGCAAUGACAUUUGGUCAACAAUAGAGAGUGGAGAGGCAAAAAGUGCAUCUGUUUCUCAUUAUAAAGAACCAAAAAAUGAACCAAAGUUCGUUCAUCCAGCUAAAUUAGCAAAACCAAAGAAGAUCUUCGAUGGAUUGGAUAUUCCAGAAAGAAUACUUUCCCACGGAAAAAUUGAAGAAAAAAGUGGAGGAAAGAAGAGAAAAAAUAGAGAAUCUUCUCCAAAAACUGAGAAUAAAAAGCAGAAAGUUGAUGUAAAACCGAAGGAACUUGCUGUGGUCAAGAAGCAGAAUAAACAUUCAACUGCUACUCUGAGUGAGAUCACAAAAUCCACGUACUUUGUCGAAGAGCCAGAUAAUGAUAAUGAAGUGACUCUUAUCUCGAAUGGAAGAGAGACAAAAUUCAAGAAGACCGUUGUUGUGAAAAGGGAUGAAAAAGAAUUGGAAAGUGAUGAUGAAGUUGAAGACGAAGAAUAUGAAGAUGAGGAAUUGGAGGACGAAGAAGAGUUUGAAGAUGAAGAAAUUGAGGAUGAAGAUGAAACUGAUAUUGAUGAGAGUGAGAUGAUUCUCGAUCCAAAUGAUGUCGAAAGAUACAUAAAUUUUGAAUCUGUGGAGGACGAAGAAGAUGUUGAAGAUGAGGAAGAAGUAGAUGAUGAGGAAGAAAUGGAAGAUGAGGAAAUGGAAGACGAAGAGGAAGAAGUCAGUGAUGAGGAGUCAGUUAUCUCUGAAAUGGAUGCAGAUUCUGAUGACGAAGGAUUCAUUGCUGGAAAAGAUAGAGAGGCUCAUAUCAUUUCAAAAGACAAAGCUGCCCGUUCGUCGAACACACAAUUGGUUGAUUUCGACAAGUUUCCAUUCACAAAUGAAGACUCUGUUGUCACUGCAUCUCGUGCUUUCGGAUUCAUGAUCUCUCCAUGUGAUGUCCAAACUUUCUUCGACAAAUUCUACCAAUCGAAUGUUCUCGUUGUUCAUCGAAAGCAACCAACCUAUUUUGGUAAUCUCUUCUCCACUGCUCGUCUGUGUGAGCUUUUGGAAAAAAAUCAUUUGGAGUAUGGAACGAAUAUUAAUAUUGCUCAAUAUAAGAAUGGAGUUAGAACAACUUUGAAUGGAAAAGGGCGUGUUUAUCCCCAAAUUGUCAAGCAACAUCUCAAUAAUUUAUGCUCUGUUCAAUUGGUAAAUCCCCAAACAUUCGAUGAUCGUAUCUGGUAUAUCUGUGAAGUUCUUCAAGAACAAUUUGGUUGUUUUGUGGGUGCAAACACCUAUUUGACACCAGCUGGAUCUUCUGGAUUCGCCCCCCAUUGGGAUGAAAUCGACGCAUUUUUGUUGCAAGUUGAAGGACGUAAAUACUGGAGAGUAUGGGCUCCAGAGUCAUCUGAUGAAGAAUUGCCACUUGAAUCAAGUGAUAAUUUCACAGAAGAAGAGAUGAAAGGACGUGUUCCAGUAUUCGAAGGAUGGAUUGAAAAAGGAGAUGUAAUUUAUAUUCCAAGAGGAUACAUCCAUCAAGCGAGAACUGAUUCCAAAAUUCACUCUCUUCAUGUUACAAUUUCAACUGGAAGACAAUGGAGUUUUGCUAAUUUAUUGGAAAAAUUGGUUCCGGAAGCAAUUGGAGCUCUCAUUCCAGAUCAACACAAACUCCGUCGUGGAUUGCCCAUCGGGUUGUUCGAUAUGGGAGGAGUUGUCGAUUUGGAUUAUGCUCAAGAGGAUCAUUUCACUGAGAAAUUCAAAAUUGUCGUGGAUAGACAAAUGAGUAAACUUCGUAAUUUCGUCGCUGAUCACACUUUCGAAAGUUCUGUGGAUAGUAUGGCAAAGGAGUUCAUGAAACAAGCACUUCCUCCACUUCUCACUGAAAGUGAAAAGAAACUGAGUGUAAUUGGUGCAUCAAUUGAUUUACUCGGCGAUGAUCUUGUUGAUUUCACUGCGAAAACCAAAGUUAAAUUGAUUCGAAAACAUACUCAACGCCUUCUGAUGGAGAGUGAAGACUCCUGUUUCAUUAGUCAUCGAAUGAAUAAUUCUCGUCUUUUCGAAGGACGUCCAGAGUCAACUGUCGACUAUCCGAUAACUGGAAUAGAUGUUUAUCGUGUUCUUUCGAAUGCUUAUCCCGAGUGGAGAACUCUUGAUGACAUCUUCUUAUCGAGAGUUACUAGACAUCAAUCGAGAAAAGAGAAGUUAGCUGCAAUUCAGAUUUUGUUCCAGAUCGGAGUCCUUUUGGUUAAAAACUAA